AGAAAAAACGAGGUGUUCAGUGUUACUCGGCGAAGCAGGUGGAGAGCAGACACAACAGUCGUUCGUCAGGGGACGGAGGUGCGAGAAGACUCCCCCAACUCCCGAUUCCCCAAAAUGGAGGCGGCCGCGUCGUCACCGUCGCCGGAGCAGCCGCUGCUGGCACCGCCGCAGGCAGGCGCCGGCGCCGGCGCGGGGCCCGGGAACCAGCCCGCCACGCCCCCGCCCCCGGCGGCGGCGAGGCCGAGCCGCCUCGCGGCGCUCAUCGGGCGCGCGGCGGGGCGGCGCGGGCCGUCGAUGCUGGUGCGCGAGACGGCGGCGCUGCAGCUCGACCGGAGGCGCGCCGACUGGGCCCACUCCCGCCCCGUCGUCGCGCUCGACGUCGCCUGGAACGUCGCCUUCGCGGCGGCCGCCGCGGCGGUGCUCGCGGCCUCCACCGCCGAGAGCCCCGCCAAGCCGCUCCGCCUCUGGCUCGUCGGCUACGCCCUGCAGUGCGUCGUGCACGUCUCCCUCGUCUGCUCCGGCACCCGCCGCCGCCCCGCCGCCCCCGCGCGAGGCCCCGACAUCGAGUCCGGCGCCGCCAACGCCGGGUCCGGCAGCUCGGAGAGCGAUGAGGGGAACGACGAGGAGGCGAUGGAAGAGAGGGCAAGCUCUACAGACCGUUGUGAGUCGGUCAACACGAUGGUGUCAUUCCUGUGGUGGAUCAUUGGGUUCUACUGGGUGGUGACCGGCGGCGAUGUGCUCGAACAAGGUGCUCCAAGGCUGUAUUGGUUAACUGUCGUUUUUCUCGCGUUUGAUGUCUUCUUCGCUGUUUUUUGUGUUGUUGUGGCCUGCUUCAUUGGGGUUGCACUGUGCUGCUGCUUGCCUUGCGUAGUUGCAAUACUGUAUGCCCUGGUUGGCCAGGAGGGUGCAUCAGAUGCAGAUAUUGGUGUUCUCCCCAGAUAUAAAUAUUCUGAUCCCAGUGAGAAUGGAGAAAAAGGGACAGAUGAGGGGGUUAUGAUUCCUAUCCUUAAUAAUAGUGGAACAUCAACGAGCGAACGAAUUCUCCUUCGUGAGGAUGCUGAAUGCUGCAUAUGUCUCUCGUCAUACGAAGACGGAGUGGAGCUAUCUGCCCUCCCUUGCAACCAUCACUUCCAUUCAACAUGCAUCACGAAAUGGCUACGCAUGCACGCAAACUGCCCGCUUUGCAAGUACAACAUUCUCAAAGGCAGUGAAAACUGAGAACUCACUGAGGACUUACACUGACGUAACUUCCAUACUCAAGGCCUGUAUGCAUGAACAUCCUGGAGCAAGCAGCAAGUGAGAAGCCUUGUGAUUCCUGUCUGUUUGUAAACUGAUGAUAUCGAUGAGAGUCUGUUUGUAAACUGGUGAUAUCAAUGAGAGUCUGUUUGUAAACUGGUGGUAUCAAUGAGAGUUUUGUGAGGAUUGGCUGUGCUUUCUGUUUAGGAUGUGAGCGUGUACAAGCGUACAUGAAUGAACAUUAACAUAAAGUGUGGCAAUGGGGAGUUUUGUGA